AUUUCGUAACUCUAUGAUCGUUGUUUUCUUUUGUCAGGUGAAAGUUCCGGUUAGAUGAUUAUUGAUGUUGAUUGUGUUGAUCAAAGUUCCGUUUAGAUGAUUAUGUUGAUGAUCAUGUUGAUGACCGUUAAAAUUAGAUGAUUCGAUGACCUUAUAGGUUUUGAUUAAUUGAAUUUCUGUUCGUUCAUUUAGAGGUUUAGUUGGCGAAUUUUACUUCAACAAAAAAAAACAAACAGAAACAUAGAAAAACUGUAGGAAAAAAAGAAGAAUAUGAAAGGUAAGAGAAAAAUAUUGGAAACUAUUGAUUUUAUGUCUUAAUUUUGUUAUGCACAGAGUGAAAUAGCUGUUGUUGCUGAUUUUAUGUUUGUUUUCAUUUUGGAAUUUUGAUGAAUUUAACGGUACUAUCUUAUGUUUGUUUACCAUGUACCGAUUAAGUAUUCUUUCUAUUGACGAAGGCUAACUGGACAGUCAUAUGUGAGUGAUUCACCUAUAUUGUAAUUUGUUUGCCCUUUUCAUGCCAAAUUUUCGAUUUCCACCACCUAAUGCAAAAAGUAAGUUAAAGAGCAAGAAGGUGAGUGUUUUUGAUUUCUCUUGAAGCAUUUAUUCUAAACUAGUUGCAUUAGAUUCCAAUAUCUGACAGGAUGCAGCAUAUAUAACUGGAGUGAGCUUUAGAAAGGUCAUGCGGUGGAGAGUGCAUGUUGUAACAUUUCAAUUGUUUCAUAGUCCUUGAGUUGGUACACGACUUGCUGGAUAUUUGACUAAGGACGUGGAGUUAUUCUUGAAAGCGUCAUUAGUAGGUAUCUGUUGGAUUAGCCUAUUGGAUGCAUGCAUGAGGUCUGGUGUUAGCAUCCUCAUGAAUAGCCACAACUAGUUUGUCUAGUGAGAUAUCUCUUCCUCUGUCUCCUAAUUACGCAGGUCCUUGUUCUUUCUAACAGAUAUUGGGCAGUCAAACGAUAUUUCUAUAUGUUGUAAUGCUUCUUUCAUGGUUUGUUUAGAGCAUCUUUGUUAGGCUUCUUGUGUCUAAUAAAUUUCCAAGUUCCAACAGUCUGUGAUUGAAAUCUGAAAAAAAUCAUCUACCAGAAGUUUCCGUAGUAGGAAAGUAAUCAUGCAGCUACCAGUGUUUGGGGAUGUAUAGCGUUGGUCGAAGAUCUAUCUUCCGAUAGAGUUAGCUCUAUGUUGUAAUUAAUCUCAUGUCAAGUAGAGAACUCAUUUUUUUAGGUAUUUGUAGGUAGCGUAAGUUUUUUGUACCUCUCUGUUGAUUUAUUCAAAAAUAUUGCAGGCACUUAUUAGCCUCCUGGGCAACUGAAGGAAGGGUUAUAUCCUCGCAUCAACAUUCAUUUGGUUUGAACAGCUGGUGUAUCAGUAAUAGGUGGUAGGUCAGCAAUUGUUUUCGAAGAGGACUACUAGGUGGGUUGUUUUAUCUGUUUUUCAUAUGUGAGCACUGAUACCAUAUUCAACACAGAUAGCAUACAUUAUUAUGGCGCAUCGGCACAUGUUCAAUCCACCAGAAAUGUUUGAGAUGGCUAAUGACCAAAAUCCAAAUCUCAAUCUGAAUCAGAAUCCCGUACAUGUGCAGCAGCCUUUUGCGCCUUUUGGGAGAGGUGGUGGUGCCUGGGAGAAUAGUUCUGUUGUUUCUCCUGUGCCAAUAAUGUCUGGUGAGGCAGUAAAUUCUGUACCUCACUGGACCGCAGCACCAAGGACAAACGAGUAUUCCGCAUCAAGUACUAGCAUGGAUGUACCACGUUAUGAAGCGGUUACAUCGGGCCCAUUUUAUGAUCCCUACCCUCGACCAUCAGCUGCCACAAACUUCCAUCCAGUUCCACAAUAUUAUGCUGGUCAGCCAUCAUCUUCUAAUUCUCAGGGACACUCAAUUCAUGGACUUGCAAAUGGCAUUGUUGAUCCUGUAAUGGGCAGUGGAAGAGGGCCAUUUAAAAGAAAAAUCCCAGUAAUACCUGAUGUUUCUGAGAGAGGCGAUACCAGCAGGUAUUACAACCCUGGAGCUGGAAGUUAUUCUGAUUAUCCUAUUUAUUCUACUAUACAACCAGAGAAGCCUAUUGUACAUCCUCAGCAUAGGCCUUGGGACACAACUGGUACAUACCCCACUUACAGUGGGUGCAGUCUCUCAAUUGCUGAAGGUUCUGAUAGAAAUGUGAGAAGCAGACCUUCUGGGAAUAUAGAACCAAACAUAGUCCCUGCACUUUCUUCAAGCAACUCGUCACUUCAUGUCCCUUCAGCUGGCAGUUUGGUAGACCAUUCAGUUAGAAUGGAUAUUCCUAACCUUAAUGUUAUUCCUGCGCAUUCAGAAUGGAACCAUGUUCACACACCUUUUGCAGCUCAUGGAAGAGUUUCAUCGUCAGGUACAAAUUCCUUGAAUCAAGGACCAAAUCAGUUCCUAGUGGGGGGCUCCGACUAUAAUCCAGUUGGGUUUGACCGUUACCACCACAAUACUUCUAUCAGAUAUCCUGUUUUUCCUCCUCACAAUAUCCAGGGUGCCACUCAAGCUGCAAGGGGAGGAGGUUACAGUAGCUUUCCUCAAAGAGCUGUUCCGCCAAACGGGAUUAUGCCAAGUCAACUGAACUUGGGGUAUUGGCCAGCCUCAUCUGUUGAGGGUUUGAAUCCAGUGCCAGAAUCUCAUUCUUCAAGAUAUUCGAGGACAUCUGCUGCCAUGGGAUAUCAUAACGGUGAUAGGAGUGGGCGGUCGAGGUCAUCUUAUGAUAGGUUGCGCUCACUGCCUCACGAUGCGUAUUCCCAUGUUAGGCAUGUUGCUGAGGGUUAUUCGGCAGUUGAUCGUGUGACUGCAUAUGGAUCUCGAAACUUGUUUGAUCAACAUGGAGACAUGAGGUUAGAUGUAGACAGCAUGAGUUAUGAGGAACUACUUGCUUUAGGGGAAAGGAUUGGUAAUGUCAGCACUGGCUUGUCGGAAGAUCUUAUUUUGAAGUGUUUAACCAUGACAGUAAUUACGAAUACAGAAAUAAUCCCAGAGGAACAACGCUGUGUUAUCUGCCUGGAUGAGUACAGCAAAGAGGAGGAAGUCGGGAGGUUGAGAAACUGCGGGCAUGACUACCAUGUAGGGUGCAUAAAGAGAUGGUUGUCAAUGAAGAAUGCUUGUCCAAUAUGCAAAGCUCCUGUCUUGGCAGAUAAUUAGCCAGCAUACAUUAAAAGCUCCAGCACAGCAUGAUCAGUUGUUCCAAUCAACAUUGUAAAUGCAUUUUGAAACACCUUCAGAACAAACUCCUCCUGAACUAUGUAAAAAAAAAAAAAAUGAGGAAAUCGUUUGGUGUUUGUCAAACUUGUUUAGGCUUAGGCUUAGGCUUAAUGGUUGAAGUGAUUUCUUGUGUCAGUCAGAUAGUCAGCAUGUAAAUAUCUGUUCAGAAACACAUCCAUUUUACAUGUAGUUUUAGAAAGUCCUCAGUAAAGCUAUCACCACUCAACAGAUUGUAGUAAAAGAGCACAUUUAAAAUAUGGGCAACCUUAAUGUAACAAAAUAUACAGUACAAUACUCAAGGUUCAUCCCGUUUUACAAUCUA